AUGUCGAUACCGCAAGAUCUAAUCCCCGAAAUACUUUCCCACCUAUUCCGACUACCCGUCAAGUCUCUGGUACGUUUACAGUGCGUUUCCAAUUCAUGGUUUGCCCUAAUCAACGAGCCACGUUUCAUCAAGAUGCAUCUCGAGACCAACAGCGAAUGCACUCUCCUUGUCCAGACAUGGAACUGUAAGGCUGAUCGGCCGCUAAACUACUACUUGGUCAACCUUUCCGACGAGAAUCAGCCCGUGAAGAUAUUCCCUCCAUUCUAUAAUCCACACAGAUUCUCGAAGAUCGUAGGCUGUUGCAAUGGCUUGGUUUGCAUCCACACGUAUGAUGAUGAAACUGUGAUUUGGAACCCAUCAAUCAGAAAGUAUAAGAAAUUAUCCUCUCUACCAACCGUACGCGCUCUUGGUCUCCCGCCCAAUUUUGAAUACGGAUUCAAUUUUGCAUUCGGGUAUGACCUGGCCAACGACGAUUACAAGGGGCCUUUGAAGUUAAGGUAUACAUGCAGUCUGAAAGCGCAUUGUUGGACAAGUGUAAAGGACGAAUGGCCUUACUGGCCGUCGCGUAUUUCUUCGGGGCCGGUUUUUGUGAACAAUGCUUUGUAUUGGGUGGUUAAGAAUGUGACUCGUCGAGGGAAGAUUCUCGAAUUCCAUCUCACCACCGAGAAAUUCCGAGAGCGUGGGCUUCCGGUUGAACUGCAUGAGGUUAAAACUUUGGACGCACAAUCCAUUAAUAUUGAGUUUUGGAUGAUGAAGGACAGAGGUUGGAGUCGGCUUUGUAUGGUGCCGACUUUCAAAUACAAGACGGCACCUCUCAAGGGGUGGCGAGUAGUGUUCUCAACGACGGACGGCCAAAAGGUUCUGAUGGAGAUGGAUUAA